UAUUUUUUUACGUACGGAUGUAUUUCUUCAAUGUUCUAGGUAUAAUUGUUAAAUGUAUAUUAAGGCAUCAAAGGGUUAAACAGAAAAGAAAAAAAACAUUUGUGCUUUUUUUGCCGUGAAACAAGCAACAUAAACGAACAAAAAAAAUAUAAGACAUCUUCUUUUUAAUAAUACACAUUUUUAUAGCAGUAGGUAGCAAUUAGAUCGUAUUAAAUCAUUCUGCCAAAACAGUAUGAAUAUUUGUAAUACUACAUAUUUGUGGCAUGCUCCUUGAAAAGAUUGAAACAUCCGAUUGACAUUCACCCAACAUUUUUAAAACCAACUUGCAGUUUUUCUUUGUCAAUUCUUCAAUCAACAAGAUGCGGUGCAUGAAAACAUUUCCAAAGCCAUCAAUGCCAAGUUUUGAUGGACACCAUGUAUUCAUAGUUUCUUACUUAGGAGUGUUUCUGAACCUUUUCCAACCACAAGGAGUGUUCUUCAAUGUUCUUUUUAAAGGUGCAUAGUACACAUACUCCACUUAAUGACGACCAAUCUAAAUAAAGCAACAACUCUCGAUUGUGCCACCGAACUCGAGCGCGUCUGGAAACGCCUGAAAAACACGGUGACGCUCCUGAUAAACUCGUUUUCCUGACUUGACAUUCCUCCACGCAUUCCUGCCACAGACCGAGGUUCCCAUGUGUCUGAUUCACGCAGAAUUCAUCUCGGUCUUUGUUUAUUUCACUUGUACACACCGUCAAAGCCAUGCACUCACUUUUAAAAUACUCCUCAGGUCAAAAUACUGAAUGUUUCAAGUUUUGAACAUGCCCGAAAACACACCAGAUUUAGCAAGAAUGUGCAUUUUGUAGUGUUGCAGCAAUGUUGUUUUUUUAGCUCCCGAUAUACGUAAAUGCACUACUCUGCUGUGUGGUCACUCACUCACUUUUGUUACUAAAGUACAAUAGUAAAGUACAGAUACAUUGACAAAAAAAUUACUUAAGUAUAAGUAUCUAAGAAACAAAUACUCAAUGAAAGUACAAAAGUAUGUGCUUUAAAUUCUAAUUUACAAUUAAAAAGUUAUUUUUCCCGAUGCAAAAAUGUGCUAUAUAUAAUCAAAAAAACUCCCAAAUCGUAAGUUUUUUAAACUAAUCUAAAUAAUAUCUCCUGCCAAUAUGAUUAAAAGGAACCACAGAAGAUAAACGUUAGAAUGAUUUAUAAUAUACGUUGUCUGUCUGUGCGAUAAAAACUUGAAACGGAAACGCAACCGAUAAGAAAAUGCGGCUGGCUUGACCACGGAAUUAGUAAAUGCGGCUCACUUCAGAAAGCAAGCAGACAAAAAAAAAACAUAGGGAUUGCGUAAAAGGGUUUAUUGAACACACGAAAAAACACGCGAUCAUGAAAAGGGAGACAGAAAAAGGGUCGGUGACAGUACGUCGGAAUCAAUAAUAUUUUUAUUUUUUAAAUUUUUUUUAAGAGGGAAAACCGCAGCGAAAAGCAGACAAAUGAAAAAAAUAACAAGGCAAUGAUGCAACGAGCAAUGAAGGGCUAUACAAACUGUCAAAUGGCAGCAAGUCAAUACCUCGGCAAGCCGCCGAGGAUCGGUUUAAAGACGCUACUAGUCACAGUAUCUGUAAACCAUGUUUUAUUACAAAUUUCGUGUAAACAGUAGUAAUAACAUGUUAUGUAAUCAAUUUCAUAUUAUAACAUAAGUUUCAUGAUCACUGCAAAAUCCUUCAUAUUUUAAAUCCUUUCAUGCACGAUUUAUGAUAAUUUUUUAAACUUAUAGGGCAAUCAUUUAACCAAUUGGCUGCCAUUGACGGCAGUAGACGUCCAAUCUAUUUUGCGAUACCCCUCCCAGUCGUAUUGGAUUGGACAUCGAACGUCAUCAAUGGCCCUGAAAGAUGCGAAAUCCCGGCCAGUCCUCCCGGUUUAAAUGAAUUGGGCAUCUAUCGUCGGAAUGCAAUGAGUUCAAUACUAUAAACAAAAAAAUCUACUUCAUAGUGUGACUUAUGGCCAUAAUAAAUAAAUAAAUAAAUUACCAAAAAUAGUCACCAUUAUAAUCUCAAAUAGUACCUAGUAGUCAACAUUUCAUGUUGUAUCAAUUUCAUGUUUCAACAUGUUGAAUUCUGAAUAUCAAUGUUAUAAUUAUUACAAAUCAAAUGUUUUACCUUGAUAAAAAUGAUAUUCAAACGUGACAAAUUUUAACAUGAGCUUUUGUAUUAUCUGUAGUUCACCCGACAAAGUGACCAGUAAGUGUUUGCAUGUUUAAAGACUUACAAUUCCACAUCCUUUCCAAUAGGUUAAGUCUUCGCGGUGACUUGAGAGACACGACGAUCAAUGGCCUCUUACGCGAGGAGGCGCAGGCUCUCGGACGCCCUGACCCUCGAGCGAUCCGAGCAAGGAGCGUUGGUCAUUUCCAACAUUGACGACAUCGAUGGAGCCAAUCAGAGGCUGAGGGAAGGGGAUGAAGUCGUUGGGGCUACAAUCAACUUCGACCGAUUAUCCAAAGAGGAAGUGAUGGGCGUUCUGAAACUGAUGGAGCCAUAUGAUGACAAAAUCCAGGUCCUUACCAGGAGCAAUAUGAGCAAGAGUGUGGGGAAUGUCAACCACUUAGCCGUCAACCCUGAAACGAUGCUGCAGGAUUCUUACAACAAGCUCUACAAUUCCAAAAUUAAACGCUUCAUGCAUAAGGACUCGUCCGAUCGCAACAGCAUGGCAGACCUUGUGCAGACGCUCCCACGCAACACCAAACUGAGGAACGAUCAUGACUCAGACUUACCUCGCCUGGGCGUGGAUUUUGGACGCUUGAGUCCUAACAAGUUGGUCCGGCGUUAUAGCGCUGACUCAGAUUCCAGCUACGCUGCCUACACUACAGGAGCAUUUGCGCAGGAGGCCAACCUUAACCUACCGCCCCUGGGCGUGGGUCAGGUGAAAACGGCACAACAAGUUCAGAUGCCGCAGCUGCCGAACGGUCGCAUGAACAGUCUGAGUCUGGAUAGAGCUAACGCCGAACUCGGACCUGGAGUUUAUCUAAACGGAGAUGACGUGGAUGCCGCAGUGGCCCUCAGUGGCACUGACAGAAAAUUUCAAAUGUACAACCACUCUGACGGUUAUGCAGAAUUUGACUUAGACGGUGAUGACACAUCCCCCAAUGUGCAUCUGGCUGGACAGUCAUCUAGAUUAAAAGUGCCCGAGAUGGAUCUGAACGGUCAGAGUGGCCGAUUGAGUCUUCAGGGGUCCGCGUUAGAUGUUGAUGGCCCCUCAGGUGACUAUGAUGUCAAAGCACCCAUUUUCAGAGGUGAUUUCAGCAUGCCGAAUGCACAACUCAAAGGGGUCAGUGUGCCUACCCCUGCAGCUCGCUCCAAGGUCCCCUCUGGAAAGUAUAAGGCUCCAAAGUUCUCCAUGCCCAAGUUUGGUCUGCCAGCUAUUGAGGUUCCAGAUUUUGAUUUGGCUCAAUCUGGCAUGGACAUCUCCGGAAGGAUCGACAAACCUAAUGUCAAAGGUCUGAAGACACCAGACUGGAGUCUGAAAAGUCCAAAGAUAAAAGGUGACUUUGGAGGUCCUGACUUGGACCUCAGAGGUCCCAGCGUAGACAUGAAUGCUCCAAACAUGCCAAAAAUAAAGAUGCCUAAAUUUGGUCGCCCAAGCCUUAAAGGACCUGAGAUUGAUGGAGACCUCGAUGCCUUCGGAAUGGACGGCAAUGCGCCUAAAUUCAAACUCAAUGCCCCCGGUGCUGAUUUACAGAUGCCAGACAUUGAUAUUGACAGAAAAUUCAAGAAGCCAAACUUGAAUUUGCCUGAUUAUCAUUUCAAUGGUCCUAACCUGGAUUUAGGGUCUCCUGAUCUGGACCUCAGUGGUCCUAAUCUCCAAGGUGGAGUCAAUACACCUGAUUUUAAAAUGCCCAAACGCAGUCUGAAGGCCCCCAAAGUUGACUUCAAAGGCCCAGACUUGGACCUACCAUCAGGUAAACUGAACAUGCCAAAUCUUGACAGUCCAAAACUUAACCUGAAAGCUCCGAAGAUCAAAGGUGGCAUUGAUGGCCCCGAAUGGGACACAAACCUUGAUACCCCUAAGUUAGAGUUUAAUGCACCACAUGUUGACCUACCAAAUGCCAAACUAAAGAGUCCCAAAUUUGGUUUUCCAAGCCUAAAAACUCCUGACAUCGAUGCAGACUUUGAUGGUCCGGACAUGGAUGUCAAUGCACCCAAAUUCAAAUCUCCCAAAGCUAAUUUAGAUUUACCCAAUGUUGAUUUCGAUGGAAAAUUAAAAAAGCCAAACUUGAACAUGCCUGAUUAUCAUCUCAAUGAUCCUAAACUGGACCUCAAUGCUCCAAUUCUUAAAGGUGGGUUAAAUGCACCGGACCUUAAGUUACCCAAACUCAGUCUUAAGACCCCCACACUAGAUCUUAAAAGCCCAAAUUUGGACCUGCCAGAUGUUCAUGCCCCUGAUCUGAACCUGAAAGGUCCAAAAUUAAAAGGCGGAAUCCGUGGCCCUGACGUGGACUUACCUAAUGCGGACCUUAAGGCUCCCAAAUUAGAUAUGAAAACACCAGACAUUAAUAUUGGAUCACCAAAAACCAAAUUUAAAUUUCCUAAGUUGAAGGUUCCCAGAUUCAAGGGUCCAAGCCUUAAAGGUCCUGACAUUAGUGGAGACCUUGAUGGUCCAGACUUUGGCAUCAAUGCACCCACUUUAAAGCUGAAAGGUCCUGAUGCUGAUUUAGGGAUGCCAAAUGUUGAUAUUGAUGGAAAAUUUAAAAAGCCAAAAAUGAAGAUGCCCAAUUUAAAAGUAGAUGGUCCCAACUUAGAUCUUAAGUCUCCUAAACUGAACCUUAGCAGUCCUAAUCUCCAUGGUGGAAUAAAUACACCAGGUCUGAAAAUGCCCAAACUCAAGACCCCCACACUGGACAUCAAAAGCCCAAACCUGGACCUUCCAGAUAUUCAUGGUCCAGAUUUGAACCUGAAAGCUCCAAAGAUAAAAGGUAACAUUGAUGGCCCCAAUUUGGACUUACCCACUGCAGAUCUUAAAGGUCCUAAGUUAGAUCUGAAAACGCCUGACAUCAACAUGGGCUCACCGAAGGCCAAACUGAAGAUGCCCAAAUUUAAGAUCCCCAAAUUUGGUCGUCCAAGCAUUAAAAGCCCCAACAUUGAUGCAGACCUAGAUGGUCUAGACAUGGACAUCAAUUCACCCGCAUUAAAACUAAAAGGUCCCAAUGCUGAUGUAGAUAUGCCAAAUCUUGAUAUUGACGGAAAACUCAAAAAGCCAAACAUUCCUGAUUUGGAUCUCAAAGCUCCCAAGAUACGUGGUCCUGACCUGGGCCUUAAAUCUCCCAACCUGGACCUCAGUGGUCCUAAUCUCCAUGGUGGAAUCAAUGGACCACAUCUGAAAAUGCCCAAACUUGAUUUUAAAAGUCCUAAACUAGACCUCAAAAACCCAAAUUUGGAAUUGCCUGAUCUUAAUGGUCCCGACAUAAACCUAAAAACUCCUAAGAUCAAAGGUGGCUUUGAUGCUCCCAACUUGGACUUACCCAGUGUGGACCUCAAAGCUCCCAAGUUAGAGAUGAAAACUCCAGACAUCAAAAUUGAAUCGCCGAAAACUAAAUUUAAGUUACCAAAGCUAAAAUUCCCCAAAUUGAGGAGUCAAAGCCUUAAAAGUCCAGACCUAGAUGUUGAUCUUGAUGCUCCAGAUCUAGACAUCAAUGCUCCUAAUGUAAACCUCAAAGGCGCUAAACCAAACUUGGAUCUUGACAUUGGUGGGAAACUCAAGAAGCCAAACUUUAGUAUGCCAAAGCUGGAUUUGAAGAGCCCCAAACUGGACCUCAAUGCACCAAAGUUGGACCUCAGUGGUCCAGAUUUGGAUGUCAAGGCUCCUGACUUAAACCUGAAAGCACCAAAAGUCAAAGGAGGACUGGAUGUUGACACUCCUAACAUAAACAUUGGCUCACCCAAAGCAAAAAUGAAAAUGCCCAAAAUAAAAGUUCCAAAAGUCAAUCUGCCAACCCUGCGCGGACCGAACUUUGACGAUCCAGACUUUGACAUUAAUGCACCAGAUGUGGAUAUUGGAAGGCCAUCAGGCAAAUACAAGAAGCCUCACUUGAAAGUGCCGGAUGUGGAGCUGUCGGGACCAGACAUGAAGUCACCAAAGUACAAUGGGAAACUCAAAGGACCCAAUGUCGACAUGGAUAUCAAAGCACCAAAAGUCAAAGGCUCAUGGGACACCUCAAAAUUGGACCUGCCAGAGAUGGACCUCAAAGCCCCACAGAUGGACUUGAAAGCCCCAGAAGCAAAAUACAAAAAAACGCACAUAAAAAUGCCAAAUGGCUACGAGAUGGACCUGAAUGGAGGUGUGCAGAAACCGGAGCUCAGUUUCCCCGAUGUGAAGGGUCCAAAUUUUAAACCAACAAUGCCAUAUUUAGAUACGGAUGACAUUAGCCUCAACGGACCGGUUGUGAAUGUGCCAGGAAGCAAUGUCAAGCUCAGAACUCCAGAUCUGGACGUCGAUGGGUCCACUCUCAACUUCAGGAAGUCUUUGCAUGGUGGCUCGGGUGUGCCACUGCCAGGGCUUGACUUGGACCAGGACUUGAUACAUUCUUACGUUGACGGGAGACCCCAAUACUCGAUGGAUGCCGACUUGGGCCGUUACGUGGAUUUCACGCGUUCGGACCUCAACAUUGAUGACUUCACUGGAAAACAUCAUGUCCCCAGAGGUAGAGGGUCCGAACUAGAUCUUCCGCUACCCUCAUCUUCUAGAGAGGUUACCGCUGACUUGAGGGGCCCUCGAAUCAGAAAAGCUGCCCUGAACGCCGACAGCAUCUUGUAUCCGAGUCAUGCCGUGAAGGCUGCCCACACUCAAAUUGACGGCAGCUGGUCAUAUUCACAAAUGAAAGCUCCAGAUAACUCUGAGGAAUACCUCGUGACCGUUUUCCCCAAACAAGAAGAAAGCGAGAACACGCUAAAACAAAAGUACGGCACGCUUGGGGAGCUUAACUUUAGCUCCGGUGACAUCAACCUGGAUGUUCCCGAUCAUGAUGAGCUGAGAAGCCCCGCAUUCCUCGUCUCCAAUCUCGUUUAGCAGGAUUGCUGCAAUAUCUUUACUGAAAAUUGCUGUUUUUUCUAUGAACUGUGCAAUAUUAUGAUAUGUGUACUGUAUAUAUAGAUUUCUUUUGUCAUUCCUCUGAUUUUGUUUAGGUAUUCUUCUGACAUUUUUUAUGUGAGCCUUGUAAUGUUCUUCUUUGCAAGGUUCUUCUGCUGUUCCUUUUUUCUGGUGACGUUCCACUGACAUUCCUCAACUUUUCCUCAUAUUAUUUUGUUUGUUUAUCUGGCAUUUUCCUGUCAUUAUCCUGUUCUAUUACUGUUUCUCUGACAUUCUUCUGAUCUCAUUUUCCUAUGUUGCUCUUGUUGUACUCUUUUGAUAUAUCUGUUUCGUUCUCCUGAUGUUUUGGUUUUCCUGUGAUAUUCUUAGGAUUCCAAUGAACAGUACUUACUGUUGUUGUAGUGGGUACGCAGUUUUAAGAGUUAUGUACACUGACCUCUUUUGCAUUUAUCUAUUUUAUCCCCCCAUGAUUUACUUUGCUACCACAUUACAUAAAUUACACCACCGAUGGAUAGGCCAAUGAGGGCCAGUUGAAUGUCGAUAACGCUCGACAGACCACAUACCAAUGGGUUUCUUCGUGGGUAUUGCCGAAGUUAAGGUACACUUCAGAAAACUGCACGCUACUGAUUAUUUGUGAAGUUAUAAUACAACAUUUAAAAGAAUUGAUCAAAAUCAAGACCUAUGGGAUGGAAUGGGCUUGAGUGUUGAAAUAUAAAGGCUGUAUUUAAUAGUAAAUUCUAUGUUAUUUUUAAUUGUGACUUAACAAAGCAAUUGUUUUUAAAUCAGAUUUUGCACCAAACUCUGUAUAUAACAUAUUCACAUACAGUUUAUGUCAAGUACAUACCUCAAUACUAACUAGUGUGAAUAGAUAGGAUGUGUUAAAAUAUUUAAAUGUCAUUGAAUGGUA